UUACCUCCAGCGCUGGCUGUCUUCCAUGGCUUUUGAGUUCAGAGAAGAUCUACAUAUGUGUGAGAAAUUCUUCAGCUUGUUUCUGUAGGUAGUGUUGCUGUGAAUAUUUGGUAUGCAUAAAAUUAUUUAUCUGCAUACUGGGGGUGCCGGUGGGUGGGCUGAUUAUUAUGCAUGGGUUACUGUAUUGUUUUGAGUAAAAUCGCAGAACAGCGUGUAUAAUAUGGCGAUAUGUACUAGAGAACACCUGUGUUGGUGCUCUUUUGCACAAAUUAAGCCACAUGGAUGGACGUGUUCGUAAUAGCACAGAGCCAUGGGACACUAUUUUCGCGAUCUUGAUUCCAAGCGGGCACACGCGGAAGCUGAAACGGCCUGAAAGCUCCUGCCAUGGCACAUCCAAAGGAUGGAAAGAUACUGGAUGCUUUCAUCGUCUUUCUCAGGUCAAAAAACCAGCGGACCUCCAUGGCGCUGAGGCCUAGAGUCCGCACCUUGCUGUAUGAACUUGCAAUGCUAGAGGACAGCGUGCACAACUGUAUGCACGAUCUGCUGGACACAAGCUUAGCCAAUAUAGAAUACACAAACUCAACUUAUGUCCUAAACCCUAAACACCAUCUUACUUUAAUGAUGACAAUUUUUCUAAGGUCUAUUCCUUUGCUUAAAUAAAAGAUUGCAUGCAAAAUAAAUUGCAGUUUUAUUAUCAAACACGUAAAAGGCUACCACCACACUUUCUGCUUCUCUGGUUGCUAGGUGUGUUGGGACUGACAAUGAGAAAAAAGAUAACUCAUGUUGUUCUUUCCCGCACAUCUAUAUCGCCGGCGAAAUCGUCGUCACUGAGCCCAACCAGAUGAGCUUGUUCCUUCUUCCUCCCAUACUACUGCCUCCAAUACUUGAUUCCUGCGGAAUAUGCUUCACCUCAGCAAGGUGAUCUUUAUACGACCCUACAAAACGGCUCACAUAGCCAGCAAAGAAUGCAAUAUCAUGACGGGUGUUAACCAAGUACAUGAGACUUGCUGCAGUGAUGUCAGUGGUUUCUCGUUUGCAUCCUCCACCGCCCUGAGCCGACCGGUAAGGCCUUCGACAGUGAGUGUCCACACAUCAAGGAGGGUCGUGAUCGCUUCCACGAUCUGCUUCAAAUGUUUUGGCGCACUACAAAUGAUCUUGUUAACCAUAGUCUCCUCCAAUUUUUCGCCCAAGGUAGCUAGAGUUGCGACCAUCCCUUUGAGACACAACAACAAAUCUUUGAUGCUCUUGCCCUCCUUGAAUGCUGCUAGAUCGAACAACCAUCGAAGGUUCUAUAUCGUCGUCUUCUUCACGCGGUCAUCCCGUCAUCCCCGACAGACAUCUCUGUGAUGGCAUCCCACACCUCCUUCACCGUCUCCUUGUCGGUGACUGCAGACACCAUCUCAAGUGGCAAUACACAACAGAGAGCGUCAAGCGCCAUCAUCUCCUCGUGUGAAUCGUCAUCUCCCUUCUCGAUGACCUUCUGCCGAGCUCAUGCCUUCAACUUCACCUUCAUCGGGAGCACUAAAUAUGAGUAAUUUAUCUUUGUGAGGGCGGUGUAGUUAUCCCUACCACCCACCUCAUGAAUCACCUCCUGGAUGCCUGGAUCACCAUGCCAUCUUUAAAGGUGUUGUUCUUAGACUUUGUCUUGGAUAUCUUCGACAAUAUAUCUCUGAUACCAAUUGUUAGGACCCUUAGAACUUUGUUGUAGCAAGCACUUGACCAAGAGAGCACACAAACUCACGUAACAGUAACACAUAAGAACACAUAUGAAGCACAGGACAGUAGCGCAAGGAUUGACAAAUCACAGCUGGGUGGAGCAUAUUAGAGGGGCCCUGUCAGUGCAAGUUCUGGUCGAAAAUUUGCAACUUUGGGAUCUUGUAUAUGCGCUGGAACUCCAAGCCAACAAUCUAGGCGGUCAAACACAUAAAGGCUAAUUUUCUAAUAUGGGUAACAUACCAAAACUUAGCACUCAAGGUUUAUUUUCAACAUGUCCAUGUGAACUUGAUUAGGCUAAUAAAGGGAUUUUGGGUCUUUCGUUUGGGUGAAUUUAGAAUGAGGUGGUCUUGGAGUAUUUGGCCUACAAUUAAGCAUCUUUGUGUGAGUUUGUGCUGUUCAUGGGAGGUUUUAUUUGAUUCCUUUGGGGAUUAUGGAACUCUGUAUUUUGACAUGGGGAAGAUUUGGAUUGAGCCAUAUUGUUUGAAUAAUGAUUGUCUAACAUCCAUCCUUAUCCUCUCCUCCUAGUUGCAGGUACAACCGUGAAUACCGACAUCCCUGUUGUACUCACAGGUGCUCAGCAUUGUGGCGAAUGUGCUUUGGUAAAUAAGAUUAUGACUGGAAAUCUCAUACACCGCCAUGAUAAGAUAAAGCGUGAAGCUGAUAUCAGUGGCAAUAUUAAGAUUUUUACGGAAGAUGAGAUUGAAAGAAUUACCAACAACUUCAGCACUCUUAUCGGAAAAGGUGGCUUUGGAGAAGUUUACAGGGGAACCCUUGAUGACGACAACGAGCCUGUAGCAGUGAAGAAAUACAUCAACGAAGAUUCGAGGGAAGUGUUCAUGGAAGAGGUACGCAUCCACAGUAAAAUUGGCCACAAGAACGUGGUGAAGCUCAUAGGCUAUUGCAUCGGGGAAAGCACUCUCAUGAUCGUGAUGGAGUAUAUGUCCAAAGGAAAUCUCAACGACCUGCUCCACUCUGAAAUCUCGAUCCCUUUGGAUGUGAGAUUGGGUAUCGCUAUAGGGUGUGCAGAGGCAUUGAGCUACAUGCACUCGAUGCAUGUAUCAUCCGGCAACCUUGUCUGUCAUGGUGACAUUAAGCCGGCCAACAUACUUUUAGACGACAAUCUGACAGCAAAAUUGACGGAUUUUGGGAUCUCAAGGCUUCUGGUUGGUGGCGUCACUCGCUACACUACCACUGUGAAAGGAAGCAUAGGUUACAUGGAUCCUAUAUACAUUCAAGAGGGACGCCUUACUCCAAGAAGUGAUGUUUAUAGCUUUGGAUUAGUUCUAUGUGAACUAAUGGCUGGAAAAGGGGUAAGAAAAGGUGCAAUCAACCUCAUUCUAUACGCCAACAAAGGCUGUGCAAGUGGUAAAGGGUUCAGAGAGAUUUGUGAUGCUGCAAUCGCAAACGAGAACAACAUGAAGAUCCUUAAAGAGAUGCAGAAACUGGCAGCCGAAUGCCUAUCGCUGACCAUUUCUAGGCGUCCUCAGAUGACUGACGUGGUCAAACGCCUCCGGACGCUGAGAAAGGAACUAAAGAACAGGCAUGAGAACUAUUCGGAACCAAUCUUGGCAUCGCACCAUUCGUGGCGCAAGAACAAGAAGCAAGAGAUGAUCGCGCCCACCUAUAACUCUAAGCUGCAGAUCAAGAAGAGCCUGAGCUUCUUCAAGAGGAGCAUCAGCAGUUCCAAGGUCCAAUCGGAGCCCAGCAACGUGAGGAUUUUCGCGCAGGAGGAGCUGAAAGAAGUCACGCACAAUUACUCUUGUCUACUCGGUGGAGGUCUUUCAGGCAAAGUCUACAGAGGGACACUCGAGGACAACGCAGUGGUCGCGGUGAGAGUGUUCUCUGAAGUGCUCGAGGGCUUCGAGGAAGCGUUUGUCAAUGGCGGGAUGAUCCUGUCUCAGAUAUCCCACAGGAACGUCGUCAAACUCUUGGGAUACUGCUUGGACGCCGAUUGCCCGGCGUUCGUGUACGAGUACGCAGCUAGAGGCAGCCUAUCCGAUGUUCUGGACAGGCACGAGGACUUCCCGCUCGAUCUACGCGCGAAGAUCGCGGUGAAGAUCGCAGAGGCAUUGGAGUAUCUCCAUUCACCAGCGACCGGUAUCAUCAGGCACGGCUACGUGGUACCGUCCAAGAUACUUCUGGAUGGCAAUUUCAUGCCGAAGCUCACUGGCUUCUCAUGGGCGAGGAAGCUUAUCAAGGACCCGAUUCACGAUCGCUGUGUGUCACUGAGAGUGAAAGCCGAUGUGUACCAGUUCGGCGUCCUUCUCCUGAUGCUUAUCAGCAGGAAGAACUUUGUGUUCUACGCCGACCACGACGACAUCGUUGCGCAGUUCCGCGCGGCUCGGCAGGCAGAUGGCAGCGGGAGGGCGUUCUUCGACGAUGAUGUUGCAGGUCAUGGCGGAGACGUUGGUCUGCUUGAGGAGAUGGGGAGGCUGUCGCUCAAGUGUGUUUGCGAGGAAAUAGACCAGAGACCGACGAUGAGUGAAGUGGCAGAGCACCUUCGGAUCAUUACGAGGUCCUGGAAGAAGUGUUCUUCGUCAGAGGGAGCUACGGCGCUGGUAUCUAAAGCCAUGGCUAAAAAGUCCCAUGUCGCCGCCGAGGCUGAAGCCACUAAACUUGAUUGGCCACCUGGUUCGGACAUUAGAGACUGACCACCGUAAGGAAUCGUGUACAUACUGUGAAUGAUGUAUUGUAUUGUAUAAUCAUCAUCAGCAAUCUUUCAUGCGCUGCAAUUUGGUUUGCAAUUAUAUAAUGUGUCAUGCAUGUGGUCAUGUGGAUGACCAACCGGAACGUGUCCUGUUCAAAGUUAACAGGUCAACUUGCAACCUGAAUGUGUCAUGCAUGUGGUCAUGUGGAUGGCAACCUUACUGCAGGAGAUGGGAAGAGUCACAAGAACACGGUUGGCGAAGCUUGGAGGCGCAGAACAGGUCUCCGAACCCGAGGCCAUUCCCUGGUUUGAUGGCAGUUCCAUUCUGGAAACGGUGGGCGCAUGUAAUCGGAUCAAAUAUGAACGGAUAUUAUUUAUUUUAUAUUUGUUUUCA